AUGGCUCCAACGUUACAACAGUGCCCCGUCUGCUUUAAUCACUAUAGAAGCACUCCAGACGGGAAGUUAUGUCGGCACGGUGGUAAAGUGAAAAAACAGGAAUGCUCGGGGUCCCGGAAAAAAGUUGAUCCAUCGGGCGCGAGGGCUGCUUCGCCUCUCACUGACGGCCGUGCUAAAUGUGUACCGGUGUACGACCAUAUCCCUAAGCCAUGCAGGGAGAAGUUCGCACAUGAUCUGAACGCCUUGCUGACGGCUGUUUGUAAUGACCCUGGCGACCCGGCUCACUGGGUUAGACUCCACUGUUUUGUCCCAUACGUCUUACAGAAGACUUCCAGGGGGGUUCGCCGGGUCAACCAGGGCAAUCUGGUCAACAAGCGUCCAAGCGAAUAUUCAACUAUUGGUCUUGAAACCCUGGUACUGUGCUUUGAUGGGUUCAAUAAUGCCAAAUCACAAAAGCACAACCCCGAUCGGUGGAUCAACGCUGUGUCAUCUUGUAUUGAACAGGGAAACCUGUCCUCGGCUGUCAGACUUGUCUGUUCGCCGGAGGGCCUGACGGAGAGCUCGCCGGCCACCUUCGAUAAAUUAUGUUCCAUCCACCCAAAAAUUCCGGUGGACAGGCGGGUCUUUCCCGCAUUGACACCAACGGCUGGUUGCGUUUCUCCCGCCGAGGUGCUGAGGGCCGUUAAAUUGUUCAAAAACGGUUCUUCUGGAGGCCUGGAUGGCCUACAACCCCAGCACCUUAAGGAUGUUUUUUCAGGCCCCUUGCCAAUUGACGACACACUGAACUUCUUAACCCAAUUCAUUAAUUUGAUCCUAUCUGGAGCUUGCCCACUCUCCGUCCGCCGGCGCCCGGACGGAUGCACACUAAUACCUUGGAGAGCCGGCAGAUGUUUGGCGUGGGAUGUUACGGUCCCUGGCACCCUCGCCGAACGAUACGUAAACCUGACAAGUAAAGAAUGCGGUUUGGCCGCGGCCAGGGCAGCGGACGAGAAAAUGAAAAAAUAUGGGAACGCCCUCUCCUCGAUGGAAUUCUUGCCAAUAUGCAUCGAGGUUCUUGGCCCGAUGGACCCCAACACCCUUAAAUUUCUUAAGGAUAUAUGCAAAAUGAUCAGCGUCAGAUCAGGCGACAGCGGGGAACUGUUUUUCGCAACUAACCACAUUUCGUGCUUGUUGCAGCGGUUCCUGCGUGUCUGUGUGCUUGAAAAUAUCCAACUGAAUGCCGACAUGUGCAAUUAA